AUGAUUCGCGCGGCGACGUGUCGCCCGCGCGCAGCCGCUGCUCGGUCUCCUCCUCCUCGCGCUCCCGAAGGCGGUCGGGCGAGUCGACGGCUUUAUGACCCGGCAGGUCGCUCCGCUCUCUGGAAGGAAGUCAUUAGUGUAGCCGAGUCCGCUUCGUUACCGAGCCAGGAUAUCCUUCCAGCUCCUCGCGCACGAAUUCCUGGCAUUUUUCUCCUCUUUUUUUUUUCCUCCCGUUUUUUUUUUUUUUUUUUUUUUUUUUUUUUGUUCCUGCGACUGUUCCUGUCUCACUUUCUCUCGAGCCUCCUCCGCGCCGCGCUUUUCUGCCGGAGUUUUUCCUUGCGGACUUGCGCGUUGAUGCAGGAAAAGUGGGAACAACAUGAUGUUAAGGAAGACGAGGCGUUUAGUGCGAUAAGUGGACUUCGGGGCUGCGCUGCUACCGUGUGGUUAUUUAUCACUGAUAUAUAGAUACGUAAGUGAGGGGAAAAGAACUCUUCUCCUGUCUGAGGUGGCUUCUAAAACUUGUGUUGUGCUUCCAGACAGACAGUCCCACUUUUUGGGUCUUGUAAUAAAAGAUAGAAAGAAAAAAACUGUUUCGCUGGCACUCUUUUUCGGUGUCUGGGACAUUCCGGGGACUGAAAGUUCCCGAACACUUGUGUGUAAUGACGCUCCGAGCGGAGAGUAAAUGCGGAGCCUCCGCGGCGCAGUUGGGAGCCGCGCGCUGAACGCAGCGGAUCGCCAGCCCGCCAAGCCCUCGCGACAGUGAGUGAUCGCGCGCCGGCCGGGCCGCUCGCUCCGCGCCCGCCUUGUCCCGCCGCUCGCCGCUCCGCUGUCCCCGCGCGUUCUUGGAUUAAGCCGGACGGAGCCCGCCGCCGCCUCCCGGUUCGGUUCCCGAAUCCCGGAGCCUCUCCGCCGCGGGGAGGAGGGGAGUGCUGGGUGGGAGCGAGUGGGGAACGACAUGCUGCGGGAUGGAGCCCAGUGCCCAGACGCUAUGAGUAUGACUCGCACCCGCGACUCCACCGGAGCCCCGCUCUCCGCGCACGCAGUGUGUCGAUGCUGAACAAUUCUGCUUUUCAAAUAUGAUGAAAUGGCAGCCCCGGAAGAAGGCAUACUUCCGACAGGGUGUUGCCCUUCAGUACCUGGGGCGCCAUGCCGACGCGCUGGCUGCCUUCGCCUCCGGUCUGGCCCAGGACCCCAAGAGCCUGCAGCUGCUGGUGGGCAUGGUGGAGGCUGCCAUGAAGUCCCCUCUGAGAGAGUCCCUGGAGCCUACCUACCAGCAGCUGCAGAAAAUGAAGCUGGACAAGAGCCCCUUUGUGGUGGUGUCAGUCAUUGGCCAGGAGCUGCUGUCCGCCGGCCACCAGGGGGCGUCCGUGGUGGUGCUGGAGGCCGCGCUCAAGAUCGGCACCUGCAGCCUCAAGCUGCGCGGCUCGGUGUUCUCCGCGCUGAGCUCUGCCUACUGGUCACUGGGAAACACAGAGAAGAGCACCAGUUACAUGCAGCACGAUUUAGAGGUGGCGAAGACCUUAGGUGACCAAACGGGCGAAUGCCGGGCUCAUGGCAACCUGGGCUCGGCAUUCUUCUCCAAGGGGAACUACCGCGAGGCCCUGACCAACCACAGGCACCAGCUGGUGCUGGCCAUGAAGCUGAAGGACCGAGAGGCGGCCUCCUCCGCUCUGUGCAGUCUGGGCCACGUCUACACAGCCAUCGGAGACUACCCCAAUGCCCUGGCAAGCCACAAGCAAUGUGUGCUGCUGGCUCGCCAGUCUAAGGACCAGCUGUCAGAGGCUCGUGAACUGGGCAACAUGGGCGCCGUCUACAUCGCCAUGGGUGACUUCGACAAUGCCGUGCAAUGCCACGAGCAGCACCUGGGCAUCGCCAAGGCCUUGGGGGACCAGCGCGAGGAGGCACGUGCCUACAGCAACCUGGGCAGCGCUCACCACUAUCGCCGUAACUUUGACAAGGCCGUGUCCUACCACACCCGCGUGCUGGAGCUGGCCCAGGCUCUGGGCGAGAAGGCCAUCGAGAUGCGGGCCUACGCUGGACUAGGCCAUGCCGCACGCUGCAUGCAGGACCUGGAACGGGCUCGGCAGCACCACGAGCAGCAGCUGGCCAUCGCCCAGGAGCUCAAGGAUCGUGCUGCAGAGGGCAGAGCCUCUUCCAAUCUGGGUAUUAUCCACCAGAUGAAGGGAGACUAUGAGACUGCACUGAAACUCCACAAAGCUCACCUGUCUAUUGCUCAGGAGCUCAGCGACUACGCAGCGCAGGGUCGAGCCUAUGGCAAUAUGGGCAAUGCCUACAGUGCCCUGGGUGCUUUCGACCAGGCUGUGCGUUACCAUCGGCAGGAGCUGCAGAUCUCUAUGGAGGUCAAUGACCGUGCCUCACAAGCCUCCACCCACGGGAACCUUGCGGUGGCCUACCAAGCCCUGGGUGCUCACGAUCGUGCACUGCAGCACUACCAGAACCACCUGAACAUUGCUCGAGAGCUACGGGAUAUGCAGAGUGAGGCACGGGCACUGGGCAACCUAGGAAACUUCCACUGCUCCCGGGGUGAGUUCCCCCAGGCUGUGCCCUACUAUGAGCAGUACCUGCGUCUCUCUCCAGACCUCCAGGACAUGGAGAGCGAGGGCAAGGUGUGUCACAACCUGGGCUAUGCUCAUUACUGCCUGGGCAACUUCCAGGAGGCUGUCAAGUACUAUGAGCAGGACCUGGCCCUUGCUAAGGACCUGCAUGACAAGCUGAGCCAGGCUAAGGCCUAUUGCAACUUGGGCCUGGCCUUCAAGGCACUGGGUGACUUUGGCAAAGCUGAAGAGUGCCAGAAAUACCUGCUUUCUUUGGCGCAGUCGCUCGACAACCCACAGGCCCGCUUCCGAGCCCUUGGGAACUUGGGCGACAUCUUUGUUUGCAAAAAGGAUGUGGUUGGAGCCAUCCGAUUCUAUGAGCAGCAGCUGGCCCUGGCACACCAAGUCGGGGAACGAAAGAUGGAGGCCAGUGCCUACGGAGCCUUGGGAGCUGCUCAUCGGUUGCUGCCCAAACAUGACAAGGCCCUAGGCUAUCACACCCAGGAGCUGGAGGUAUACCAGGAGCUGGGGGAUGCCCAAGGAGAGUGCCAGGCCCACGGGCAUCUGGCAGCAGUCUACAUGUCUUUAGGUAAAUUCACCAUGGCCUUCAAGUGCUAUGAAGAGCAGCUGGAGCUAGCCCAGAGGCUGAGAGAUCCAAGUGUGGAGGCCCGAGUGUAUGGCAACAUGGGCAUCACCAAAAUGAACAUGAAUGCCGUCGAGGAGGCCAUUGGCUACUUCGAGCAGCAGCUGGCCCUGCUGCAGCAACUGAGUGCCAAUGAGGCCAUGCUGGACCGCGGUCGUGCCUACGGUAACCUGGGAGACUGCUACGAAGCACUAGGUGACUAUGAGGAGGCCAUUAAGUACUACGACCAGUACUUGUCUGUGGCCCAGAGUCUGAACCGCAUGCAGGAGCAGGAGAAAGCCUACCGUGGCCUGGGGAACGGACACAGGGCCAUGGGCAACUUGCAGCAGGCACUGGUGUGCUUUGAGAAGCGACUCGUGGUCGCUCACGAGCUGGGCGAGUGUGCGGGCAAGGCGCAGGCGUACGGGGAAUUGGGAAGCCUGCACAGCCAGCUGGGCAACUACGAGCAGGCUGUCUCGUGCCUGGAGCGGCAGCUGGGCAUCGCGCGUGAGACAAGUGACCGGACCCUGGAAGGAGAGGCCAGCAGCGGUCUGGGCACCGUGCACCAGCUCACGGGCGAGCACGAGGCAGCGCUGCGGCACCACCGCCGUGACCUGGAGAUCGCCGAGGAGACGGGCAAUGCCGGCGCUCAGGGACGCGCCUACGGCAACCUGGGCCUCACCUACGAGUCACUGGGAGAUUUCGAACGUGCUGUGGUGUACCAGGAACAGCAUCUGAGCAUCGCUGCGGAGAUGAACGACCUGGUAGCCAAGACACUAGCCUACAGCAGCCUGGGCCGUACCCAUCAUGCCUUGCAGAACUACUCACAGGCUGUCAUGUACCUGCAGGAAGGUUUGCGCCUGGCGGAGCAACUCGGCCGGCGGGAGGACGAAGCGAAGGUUCGACACAGGCUGGGUCUUUCGCUCUGGGCCAGCGGGAACCUGGAGGAAGCCCAGCACCAGCUCUAUCGGGCGUCCGCUCUCUUCGAGACCAUCCGCCACGAGGCCCAGCACAGCACGGACUACAAGCUCUCGCUCUUCGACCUGCAGACCUCGUCCUACCAGGCGCUGCAGAGAGUCCUCGUUAGCCUCGGUCACCACGACGAAGCCCUGGCCGUGGCGGAGCGGGGCCGCACCCGCGCCUUUGCCGAUCUGCUGGUGGAGCGUCAGACUGGCCAGCAGGAUGCCGACCCCUACAGCCCGGUGACGGUGGAGCACAUCCUGGACACGGUGAACGGGCAGCGCGCCCUGGUGCUCUACUUCUCGCUGGCCGCUGGCUACCUGUACAGUUGGCUGCUAGCUCCGGGCUCAGGUAUCCUCAAGUUCCACGAGGUGUAUCUGGGUGAGGGAGUGUCCGACGGCGGCGAGUCGGAGUUCCAGGAGGGUGGCGCCGGCGGUCUGCAGGGGAGCGGGAGCGGUGGGGGCUCCUCCCUGGAACAGUAUAUCGCCAGCGCCCGGGAGGCCCUGGGCGUGGACUCCUACUACAGCCGGGGUGGCUCCAGCAGCGAGACGGAGAGCGAGGCCGGAGACCUUCUGGACCAGCAGUUCGAGGAGCUCAACAACAAGCUCAACUCCGUGACGGAUCCCACGGGCUUCCUGCGCAUGGUGUCCAGAAACAACCUCUUCAACAGGAGCUGCCAGAGCAUGACGAGCCUGUUCAGCAGCACCAUGUCCCCGGGGAGGGAGCCGAGCUCUUCGCUGCCACGGCGAGGCCAGAGCAAACCGCCACUGCGUGCUCUCUAUGACCUGCUCAUUGCGCCCAUGGAAGGGGGGCUGAUGCACUCGAGCGGACCGGUGGGUCGCCACAGGCAGCUAGUGCUGGUCCUGGAGGGCGAGCUGUACCUCGUACCCUUUGCCCUGCUCAAGGGCAGCUCCUCCAACGAGUACCUGUACGAACGCUUCAGCCUCAUCGCUGUGCCGUCCGUGGGCAGCCUCUCAUCCAGCGCGAGAGCACAUUCUCGGCGGGCGGGGCCGAGUCUCUGCAGGGGGGUGUCCACGGCUGCGGUGGUGGGCAACCCCCAGCUCCCCCCCUCCGUGAUGGACCGCUGGCUGUGGGGGCCCAUGCCCUCAGCCGAAGAGGAGGUCCACGCCGUGUCCGAGCUGCUGGGCUGCCAGCCGCUGGUGGGCCCCGCCGCCACCAAGGAGCGUGUGAUGAACGCCCUCAGCCAGGCUGAGUGCGCCCACUUCGCCACUCACAUCUCCUGGAAACUGGCCGCCCUGGUGCUCACCCCCAAUCAGGAGGGGGCAGGGGUAGGAGCUGGGAGCGGACCUGGAGGAGCUGCCACCGGGGGCAAGGCCUACACUAUUCCGGAGAGCCUGCGGGUGCCGGACGACGCCAGCGAUGCAGAGAGCAUUUGUGACAGCCCUCCCUUGCAGGAGUUCCUGCUGACUGCUGCCGACAUCCUGGACCUCCGGCUGUCCGUCAAGCUGGUUGUUCUCGGGUCGUACCAGGAGUCAGACAGCAAGGUGACGGCGGACGGCAUGGUGGGUCUGACACGGGCCUUCCUGGCAGCCGGGGUGCAGUGUGUGUUGGUGUCGCUGUGGCCUGUGCCAGUGGCUGCCUCCAAGGUGCUGGUGCACACCUUCUACACUGCCCUGCUCAACGGCACCAAGGCCAGUACUGCGCUCGCCGAUGCCAUGAAGACCGUGCAGAGCAGCAAACAGUUCUCCCACCCUUCGAACUGGGCUGGCUUUGUGCUGAUUGGUAGCGACGUGAAGCUCAACAGCCCUUCGUCUGUAAUUGGUCAAGCCCUAGCGGAGAUCUUGCAGUACCCAGACAGGGCCCGAGACGCCUUAAGGGUCCUGCUCCACCUGGUUGAGAAGUCCCUCCAGCGCAUCCAAAGUGGCCAGCGUAACUCCAUGUACACAUCCCAGCAGAGCGUGGAGAACAAAGUGGGCGGUGUGCCCGGUUGGCAGGCACUGCUCACGGCCGUCGGCUUCCGACUCGACUCGGCCGGCACCGGACUCCCUGCUGCCGUCUUCUUCCCCACGGCAGACCCCGGGGACCGGCUGCAGCAGUGCAGCACCACCCUGCAGUCCUUGCUCGGAUUGCCGCCUCCUGCGCUUCAGGCCCUGUGCAAACUCAUUACGGCAUCUGAGACGGGGGAGCAACUCAUCAACAGGGCGGUUAAAAACAUGGUGGGCAUGCUCCACCAGGUGUUAGUCCAGCUGCAGACAGGAGAGAAGGAGCAGGAUUUCUGCUCAGCACCCAUCCAGGUGUCAAUCAGCGUCCAGCUGUGGAGGCUGCCCGGCUGCCACGAGUUCCUUGCUGCAUUGGGGUUUGACCUGUGUGAAGUGGGCCAGGAGGAGGUGGUCCUGAAGACUGGCAAGCAGGCCAAUCGCCGCACCAUGCAUUUUGCCCUGCAGUCCUUGCUAGCGCUCUUUGAUUCCACCGAGGUGCCCAAACGCCUCAGCCUGGACAGCUCUUCCUCACUGGAGUCCCUGGCCUCAGCUCAGUCUGUCUCUAACCAGCUACCCCUGGGAUACCCCAACCCACCCUUCUCCCCACCCUGCCCUGACAGCCUGGCCUCCGAUGCCAUCUCUGUCUAUAGCUUGAGUUCUGUGGCCUCAUCCCUGAGUUUUGUGUCCAAAUCAGAGAGUGCCAGCGACUUUCUGGCCCAGCGCUCCCGGCAGCAGGAGCUGGAACGACACCGUGGCUGGGCAGGACACUUUAGUUCACUCAGGCACACAGGUGUCCCGCGCAGUCGCUCCUCCCCGCAUGAGGGCCGUGAAGAGGAUGAGUACCAGGGUUUCUCCAUCAUCAGCAGCGAACCGCUGGGCGGCCACUGCGACACCCUGCCCCUUCCAGCAAAGCACCGGCAGUCCCGUGGCCGGGGGGCUGGCCGGGGCGGCGAGCACCGCUACGGGGCUUCCGUCUCCUCACGGGGCAGCAUGAGCACACCCACUUCACCCAUCAAGACUGCACUGGUGCCAAGUCCUAGCUCACCUUUCCAGAAGGUGGGCAAAGUGAACAGCUCAGACACAGGUGAGUCGGAUCAGUCCAGCACAGAGACGGACAGCACGGUCAAAUCCCAAGAGGAGAAGACAGCAGGGGCCCCGCUAGACCCCCAAGAGCUGGCAAAGAAGAUUCUGGAAGAGACGCAGAGUCACCUGCAGGCAGUGGAAAACCUCCAAAGGACGAGUGGGCUGGCCAGCGAGGGUAAUGCCCUCAGAGCUGGACAUACCCCGAGCCCCACCGGAGCCUCUGCCUUUCGUUCCUCAGAGACCAGUGCCUUCAGUCGGCCAAACAGUGGCACCGGCACAAAGGCCCAGUCGCCCACAUUCCCCAGCCGCCCUAAGCCUCCGUCCCGCACCUCCUCCCUUCAGAAGGUAAGCUCGGGCUACAGCAGCCCCGCCACCUCGGACACGUCCCUGAAGGAGGGUGGUCAUUCCUCCCCCACGUUGGAUACCCAGGCCCAGUUCAAGCUCAAGUACCCCAGCUCUCCCUACAGUGGCCACAUCUCACGCUCCCCCAGCAACAUUUCGCCUAGCUCUGGCCAUCAGUCGCCUGGCGGUAGCGCUCCUUCUCCGGCCCUCUCCUACUCUUCCACGGGCUCCACCCGAUCCAGCCCGGCCAAUGCCCCUGACCUCGAUCGGCUCAAGCUGGCUGCCAUUGAUGAGAAGGUGCAGGCCAUUCACAACCUGAAGACCUUCUGGGCCAGCACCGGCCAUCAACAGGGCCAGCACUCGGGUCCUGUUCGGGCCUUCCGUACCGGAGGCGCAGCUGUGGGUGCAGCCAGGAGGGACGUCCUUGGCCUCCUCAACCUUUCCCCACGCCACAACAAGCCGGGCAGGGCAGCCGACAGCAUGGAGCUACAGCAGCUGGGCCUGCAGUCACUCGAGAGAAGCUCAAAAAACCCACCUAACGGUCACCACAUGACCGACCCCAGGAACACAACUGCCUCACCUGCCACUUCCAUCAGAAGCAGCCCCGGAGCCUGCCCCAUCAGGCUGCCUGCGGGGAACGGGUAUAAAUUCCUGUCACCCGGAAGAUUCUUCCCCUCAUCCAAAUGCUGAGACUUUUAACAACCUUUUUUUUUUUUUAAACACCCAGUUUGGAUGGUUUUCCUACCUUCUGGUUCCGAGUGGUACAGUUAACAGUUGGCUGUUACCUUUCAGUUGAGCGUUCUCACCGGUCAUUUUUUGAAAUGCUGAAAAAGACACUUCUGGCCUGUGCUUAUUGACUAAGGAAGAGUUGAUGUUAAUGUUUUGUCGUUGAAUUGUUCAGAUGGACAGGGGAGCACUUGAUCCCUAAGCCUCCAUUCACACUGUAAAGAGUGAGAGAUUGAAAACCUGACGUUGUUAGUGUCAGGAAAACUUCUGAUGCCAAACAGUAUUUCCUCUGGGAAAAAAAAACUUGCUGUUUGUGUAAUAGAAGAAGAUGCAGCUUGGACUGUUUUGUUUAAUUUUAUUUGAUUUUGCUUUAAUAUAAUUAUUGUUAUUAUUGAUUGUUAUUGUAUUAUUAUAGUUAUUGUUUUGUAAAUUAAAUCCAGUGUUUUGCAAUCAGUAUUAAACUUUUUUAUAAUAGGGGAAAAAAAAACAAACAGAACCAUGUAAAAAUGAAAAAUAUUUCAUAUUUUUAUUGAAAUUGAGGAAAAAAAGGCACUUGGCCAGAAAUCUUUGUGAAUUGAGUGUCAUUAAAGCAUGGAUUAUCUUACUAUUCUAUGUUUCAAUGUCUUUCUAG